CUCGCUCAUCAAGCCCAUCAUCGUGCGUUAAAAAGGACCUGUCCUCCCCAUCUCAUCAGGUAUGCGCCCGUAGGCGUCAGCCUUACGCAGCACUGUCUUCUCCUCUUUCUCUUCACCUGGCUCACUCUCGUUCUCAAUAUCGCAGUCAGACCGUCAUGACCGACAUACCCACUUCCAGCGACCCCCGUUCCCUCGCUUUCGACACACUCGACGUCUUCACUAGCGCUCCUUUCGCGGGCAACCCACUGGCCGUCGUCCACCUCCGCAGUGCUGAGACGAAUCGCUCGUCUCAGCAGCAGAAGCAGAUCAUCGCCCGGGAGUUCAACUUGUCCGAAACGGUCUUCAUCCAUCAUGACGAGAGCUCCCUCAGCAAUUAUGACACGGAGCACCACGGCACUUGGAAGAUCGACAUCUUCAUGACGAAUCAGGAGCUACCUUUGGCAGGUCAUCCCGUCAUCGGAAGUGCAUGGUGGCUGGCCCACACCUACGCGGAUUUGCAAAGCGCUACGUUGCUUUGCAAAGCUGGACCGGUGCAUAUCAAGGUCGAUCGAAGCGUGACCCCCUUCCGAGUGGCUGCCUCAAUGCCACAGGCGCUGCGGAUACUGCAAGCCGGUCCGAAUUUGCAGGAUAUUCUGCAAAUGCAACGAGGAUUGGUGCCCCAUACAUCUGCUCUUCAGAAUGCCAGGCCGGGCCAAGAGCGCUUCCCCGUGGUACAACUAGUGCCAGGGAUGACAUUUGCUCUGGUCGAACUCCCUUCCGGAGAAGCCCUUGACACCAUUGCCCCAACUCCCACUCGAGUCACUGUGCCAAGUGAAGAGGGUUUCAUUGCGAUGUAUCUAUACACCCUCCGUCGCGAGGCCGCAAAACGUUUCACUCUCCACACCCGUAUGAUCGAGCAGUUUCUAGAAGACCCGGCCACCGGGUCCGCUGCUUGCACUCUCAGCGGCUACCUAGCACUCCAGGCGGUGGGCGCCGAUGCUUCCGCACUGGCAGACGUGGAAACUCCUUGGGAGUUCAACAUUACCCAGGGCGAGAAGAUGGGCCGCAAGAGUGACAUUCAUGUCAAGGUGUGGAUCGAUGUGGAAGGGACUAUCAAGGAGAUCCAGUUGGGUGGGUCUGCCGUUCAGGUCAUGAAUGGAACGCUGUGGUCUCGCUAGGUAGUAGAUAGGGACAAAAUGACGUAUGGAGGAUAUUUUCCCCUUGGAGUAGUAGUAGCAAGCAAUCUGUAUCUUGCUGUACAGUACAUACCAUCAUAAUGGACAUAGCUGGGAGCUGAGCGUAUCAUAGUAUACGGUGGGUAUGGAACGCGUUACGGAGGAAACGGAAAACGCG